AAUAAUAAAAAUAAUAAUAAAUCAAUAUCAUCAAUAAAUAAUAUAACAGAUAUACGUGAAUGUUUAAGUUCAAUGCGUGAUUUAAUUAAUAAAAUGAUUGAUACAUUUGAUAAUAUUAAUAAAAAUACAACAACAACAACAAAUAAUAAUUCAUCAUCAAAUACAAUUAUUAACAAUACAACAACAACAAUAACAACAUCAACGACAACAACACAUCCAACAUUAUCAACAACAACAACAAUUAAUAAACAACAACAAGCAACAAUAUAUGGAGGUGCAACUGGUGCUGGUGGUGGUAGUACAUUAUCACAUCCAUAUAUUACACCAACAACAAUAACACAACAACAACAACAACAACAUGGUGGUAGUGGUAUUAUUGUUGCAGAUCAAUUAACAAAUUUAAAUUAUCAAACAACAAUGUAUCAACAACAACAUUAUGGUGGAAGUGGUGUUAAUAAUACAUCAUCAUGGAUACAACCACCACCAUCAGUAGCAACACCAGCUAAUGUGAUUGUUGGUACUUUAAAACAACAACAACAACAACAAGAUGGAAGAAUUGGUGGUGUUGAUAUGAAUCCAUUAAAUUAUCAUCAACAAACAUCAUUAUAUUAUAAACAACAACAACAACAACAACAACCAUUAAAUAAUACAACAACAACAACAUUACCAUUAUCUAAAUAAAAUAACUAAUA